CCUCAGAGCAGAGCAGGGUCCCAGCAGAGUCCAGGAGCAGAGAGAGAGAGAGAGAGAGAGAGAGAGAGAUAGAGAGAGAAGGAGGAAAAGUUUGCCAAAUGGAGUUUUUCACAGGAAUCAGACCUUUAUUAUUUUCAUAUGUCCUUAUAAAUGGUAUACUAAUAACGCUGCAAACUAAAGAAGAGGUGCUUCUGGAUAUGAGAGCAACAGGAGGCGAACUGGGCUGGUUGACAUGGCCCUUAGACCAAGACAGGCCCGGGUGGGAGGUUGUCCAGAAGACCCUGAACGGCUCUCAGUUCUACUCCUACUCCGUCUGCAAUGUUGGGGAGCCUGAGCAGGACAACUGGCUGCGUACCACCUUCAUCCAGCGGCGUCCAUCAGCUUCUCGGGUUUUCGUUGAGCUCCAGUUCAUCGUCAGAGACUGCAACUCUUUUGAUGCCACAUCGCUGACAUGCAAGGAAACCUUCAAUCUCUUCACAUCAGAGUCAGACGCAGAUGUGGGCACUACCUUCCGCAAGGGUCAGUUCAAGAAAGUGGCCACCAUCGCACCUGAUGAAAUCACCAGAAAGAAUGAGCUCUACAUCAACAAGGAGACCCGAGUGGUGGAGAACCUGUCCAGGAAAGGUUUUUACUUGGCUUUUCAAGACAUCGGAGCCUGCGUUGCUCUGAUCUCUCUCAGGGUCUACUACAAGAUUUGCCCGGCCACAGUGAAGAGCCUGGCGUCCUUCCCUGAGACCGUGGCUGGAGGGGAGAAUCAGGCGCUGAGGGAAGUAAGUGGUGUGUGUGUGGAGAACGCCAUCAUCGAGGACUUUCCUCGCAUCUACUGCACUUUGGAUGGAGAAUGGGUGGUACCAGUCGGACAGUGCCAGUGCAAACCAGGCUACGAAGAGGUCGAGGAUACAUGUCAAGAAUGUAAGCCUGGCUUCUUCAAAGCUGAAGCAUCCAGUGAAAAGUGUGAGCCGUGUCCUGCAAACACCCAGAGGCUUGACUCGGGGGCUUCCUCUUGUCCCUGCAUGGACGGCUUCUACCGGGCUCCAACCGACCCCCCUACUGGAUCCUGCUCAGGCCUCCCCUCUGCCCCACAAGACCUCAUUUCCACCACCACCCAGCUAUCGCCAGGUAAACUCCUCCUCUCCUGGAGCCCGCCUAAAGACACCGGAGGCCGGGAUGACAUCACUUACAACAUUGAGUGCCAGCGCUGUGAGGGUACUGUGUGUCAGCCCUGUGGGGAGAAAAUCCGCUACGAGCCGGCCAGCACUGGCCUGACCGACACCAAGGUCUCAGUGAGCGAGCUGGACGCUCACCUCAACUACACCUUCACCGUGGAAGCGCAGAGCGGCGUGUCAGUGUUCGCCAGUCAGGCGAUGCCCCGAUCUAAUAAACCAUCAUACACCAGCGCUCUGACUACAUCCCUGCACUACACAGAUCCUCCAAAGAUCACCACGAUGCGACUGGUUGAGAAGACCUCCAACAGCUUGUCCCUGUCCUGGGACGUAUCACCGCGGCCGAGGGUCCAACUGCGGCCCAUACGUUAUGAACUUACCUACCGCAAGAAGGAUGAUAACCUGGAUGUAACGACCUACACCGUGCUCUUACUCGAGAAGAACUCAGUUCAGAUCAGUGAUCUGUCCCCGGGUACAGCCUACCUGUUCAGGGUGCAGGCCCUCAGCAGUGAUGGCAGCCCUGGAGGCUCCAGCAUGGAGGAACAGUUUGAGACCUCGCUCAGCGAACGCCUUCCUUCUAACAACACAGCACUGAUCUUUUGUGUGGCGAUUGGAGUAGCGGUCAUGUUUUUCAUUGUGGCUGUGGUCCUAUUCCUGCGCAGACGGAAACGAAACUCUCACACCCGGCAAGGACCUGAGGACACCUACUUCUCCAGCUCAGAGCAAUUAAAGCCUUUAAAGACCUACGUGGAUCCACACACGUACGAGGACCCCAACACAGCCGUCCUGAAGUUUGCCACUGAAAUCCACCCCAGCCACAUAUCCAAACAGAAAGUCAUUGGAGCUGGGGAGUUUGGUGAGGUGUACCGUGGUAUUCUGAAGGCGCCGGGGAGGAAAGAGGUGGCGGUGGCUAUCAAGACGCUGAAGCCAGGCUACUCAGAGAAACAGAGGCAGGACUUCCUGAGCGAGGCCUCCAUCAUGGGCCAGUUCUCCCACCAGAACAUCAUCCGUCUGGAAGGGGUGGUGACCAAAUGUAAGGACUUCUUCAAACAUGCAAUGAUUGUGACUGAGUUCAUGGAGAAUGGAGCGCUGGACAGAUACCUCAGGGACCACGAUGGUGAGUUUGCCUCCUUCCAGCUGGUGGGCAUGCUACGCGGCAUCGCUGCAGGUAUGAAGUACCUCUCUGACAUGAGCUACGUCCACCGUGACCUAGCUGCACGCAACAUCCUUGUCAACAGCAACCUUGAGUGCAAAGUGUCAGACUUCGGCCUGUCCAGGGUGCUGGAGGACGAUCCUGAGGGGACGUACACCACGAGUGGAGGUAAGAUCCCCAUUCGCUGGACUGCUCCAGAGGCAAUAGCAUACAGGAAGUUCACCUCAGCCAGUGAUGUUUGGAGUUUUGGCAUCGUCAUGUGGGAGGUCAUGGCCUUUGGUGAAAGACCGUACUGGGACAUGAGCAACCAUGAGGUGAUGAAGGCUAUCAAUGAAGCCUUCAGGCUGCCUGCGCCGAUGGACUGUCCCUCAACUGUUUAUCAACUGAUGCUGCAGUGCUGGCUCCAAGAUCGCUCCAAGAGGCCACGCUUUGGAGACAUCGUCAGCCUGCUGGACAAGCUGCUGAAGAGCCCAGAAUCCCUGAAGACCAUCGCAGACUUUGACCCACGAGUAUCCAUCCGCCUUCCAAGCACCAGUGGCUCAGACGGCUCUCCCUUCAGGUCGGUGUCUGAGUGGCUGGAGUCCAUCAAGAUGAGCCAGUACAGUGAGAAUUUUGCCUGCGCCGGGGUCGUCACCAUGGAUCAGGUGUUACAGAUGAAGAACGAGGAUAUAAAGAACAUUGGUGUGAGACUGCCAGGCCAUUUGAAAAGAAUUGCCUAUAGCAUCCUGGGUUUAAAGGACCAGACCAGCACCCUGAGCGUCUUUGCAGUGUGAUGCUCAACUACAAGGGAAUUAAAUUCAGGCACUGAAGCAGGCAGCCUUUUGGACUCUAAGCAGAGCUGGAGCAAUACUGCAGGGGCGGCUCUGGAUCAGCAGGACCAACAGAACUGUGCCAUCUUUGGGCGGAUUGAAUCACAACAACCAUCUGUACAUUUUUUGAUUUCUUCAUCUUAUUCACACAGGGAAUGAGCUAAAUAUACAACAAUAGACGUAUCAAGUAGACUCUGUAUAUUUAGAUAUCUAUUUUUAUUACCCAUGUCUUCUGUACAGAUAUGAUUCACUGCUCAUGAAUUAUUUUACUUCAUUUCGCAUUCCUGCUUUAUAAAAAUCAACAAUCCAGCUAGUUCUGGGAACGGCUUCAACUUUAUAUCUUUGCACCCUGAGCUUGUUGCAGUGAGUAUCCAACAAACAAAGGAGGCACAGCGUGAUAACACAGGGGAGCGUCAGAGUCCCGCCCCGGCUCGGGUUGUGGUCGGUGCUGAUGUCACGGCGUCUUCUGUUAAUUGGCACUUUGGUCCUCUUCCUGUUAGAACAAUGAGGAUGGAGCUGUGAGAGGGCUGGAUUAGCUUGAGCUGGCCCAAAGUUAAAGAGACUGUGUUGCUUAGGUGUGCAAACACAGGUGGGCCAGGUGUUGUUCCCAGCCUUCUGCUGGGUCCCUGCAGAAAUUAAGCUAUAAUCAUGUAAGUAAUUUUAUAUGAGAAAAGAGAGCAUUUAUAUUAGGUACAGAUUCACUUGUUAUUUUUUUAUGAUGUUUGGACAAUUACAAAAACAUUGGGAUUCAGUUUUAUAAUAUAGCACUUGAAUCAAGAAUCUCGUUGUCUGUUUUUGUCUCACAGAAUCCUGAACAAAAUCAAAUUAUGUUGAGCUGCGAUAAUAUGUGAAUGAAAUAAGUUAACAUCUGUGUUUGUAGCAAGAAGAGGGUGAAGUUUGUCAAAAAUACAAAUGGCCCUGCCAGAACAAAAAGAACUUAAUGAUGAGUUGUGGUUGAGAUGAUUUCAUACUUAAUAAUAACUGGGUUUGCAAUUUAAAUGUCUCAUUUAGUUUUGUGGAAGCUAUACAAAUAUCCAUUAUUAUUCCUGUGGGUUUGAGUUACUCAUUGAUGGGAUGAAACUAUAUGCUUUGACAGUUUCGAGCUUGACUCGCUCCAGACGUUGAAAAACAUUUUAGAGUACCUGAUAGUGGAAAAGUAGAGGGAGUUUGCUUCUGUCUGGGUUUAGAGAAAGAGCUCUGGAGUGUAAUGGGAAGUGUAUAGUGGACAGUUUCUCCAGUGCUCUUGAUUGAUGACUGCAAAUCAUUGUGUUACUGACGUACACCUUCCUUUACUUGAAUUUUGACCGUUUUUUCAAAUGUAUCUCUGAUUCUGUUGUAGCUGAUAGAUCCGUCUUUGUAAAAGGGAUUCUUCUUGUUUUUACUCUGGUUUACUGGUUGCAAUUACCUUUUGUACAUUUUGUAUGAUUUCACUUUGUACCAUAAUACCAAACUGAUUAUUUUUCUAUGAGUCUCCAUCACUCUCAAAGCGAUGUCUCCUACUUUUGCUGUCUUUCUAAACAUUGUGAGAGUGCCUUCAACAACUCCUUCCUUAUUGCCUAAUGUUUUAUACUGUAUUUAAUAGCCUAUUUAUUUUUUACUUUUAUUUAUUUAUGCUGAUAAACACUGAGCUGGGAUUUAAAUUGAAGGUUGUUCUCUUGUUCUCAAUAAAUACAAAAAAAGCUCAAA